AUAACCCAACUUUCCUCCUGUCAGCGCAGCGACAACGUCACGUCAAGCACCAUAACAUCGCGCGAUUAUUGAAUGAUUUUACUGAAUUUCACUCAAAUAAGGCUUCUAACACUUGGAAAUUAUCUUAAAAGGAUGGGCCGUAAAAAUCGCCAGUUUAAUAAAUUCGCCCAGCGAAAGCGGGAACGCAAAGAACAGGAAAAAAAUCCUCAGGAAAAGCCAGCUGCCGAUACCAGAAAGCAUUAUGAAGACAUUGUGAGAGAGAACGCGGCUUUUGAAGAGUAUUAUAAGAACCAAAAAGUUUGCCCCGAUGAAGAAUGGGACACUUUCAUGAAGACUUUAAAAGAGAACUUACCGACAGCAUUCCGUAUUACUGGUUCUAAGUGUGAAGCAGCUGCUCUGAUGAAGAUAGUGCAGAGUCAGUACUUCUCCGAGAUCCUGAACAUGAAGCUACAAGUUGAAGGAGAUGGCGAACAGGGGGAGGAGAUAAAACCUAUUAAUUUACCUUGGUACCCAGGUGGCUAUGCAUGGCAACUUCGUCUAUCCCGUACGGACAUCAGACGUAAUGAAGCUCUCUACAAACUCCACAAUUUCCUGGUCGCUGAGACGGCAGCUGGCGGAGUGUCGAGACAGGAGACUGUAUCUAUGAUACCUCCUGUUGUACUGGAUGUACAACCUCAUCAUAAGGUAUUAGACAUGUGCGCAGCCCCUGGAUCUAAAACUGCUCAAUUGAUUGAAUUCUUGCAUGCAGAAGAAGAUAAAAUGCCGACAGGUUUCGUGAUGGCUAACGACGUGGACAACAGCCGAUGCUACAUGCUGGUACAUCAGGCCAAGAGGCUCAACUCUCCCUGUAUACUCAUCACUAAUCAUGACUCCGCUGUCAUGCCUGCACUCGAAGUAACAAAUGAACAGAGUCCAGGAUCAACCAAACCGCUGAAGUUCGACAGAAUUCUUUGCGAUGUACCGUGCUCAGGAGACGCGACUCUCCGCAAGAACCCCGACAUUUGGCUCAAAUGGUCCACUGGGAAUGGAAAUAAUUUACACGGAAUCCAGUACCGCGUCCUCAAACGUGGCUGUGAACUCCUGGAAGUCGGAGGUCGGUUGGUCUACUCGACGUGUUCCUUCAACCCUGUGGAGAACGAAGCCGUCGUCCACAGGGUGCUGCAGGAGACAGCAGGGACUGUACAGCUUGUUGAUGUAGCUAAUAUGUUACCAGGCCUUAAAUUCCAUAAAGGUAUGACGUACUGGCGCCCAGCCUCCAAAGACAUGGUGUUCUACGAGAAGUAUGAGGAUGUACCGGAGAAAUGGCAGACGGUGGUCAGGCCGCAGAUGUUCCCGCCCAAACCUGAAGACCUGCCCAAAUAUAACUUGGAUAGAUGCAUAAGAAUUUUACCCCACCACCAAGACACCGGUGGAUUCUUCGUGGCAGUCUUUGAGAAAGUCUCUCCAUUACCGUGGGAGAAGGACAUCAAGCCGGCAGAGAGCGCAGAAGUCAAAGAAGAAGAGAAAAAGGAGCCGCCUAAGAAGAAGAGAAGAAUGGGCGGGUAUAGGGAGGAUCCAUUUGUUUUCUUCUCCGGCGAAGAAGAAGACGUGUACCCAUCGAUAAAGGAGUUUUACGAUCUCAAACAAGAUUUCAACGCGACCUGCCUUCUAACGAGAUGUCAUGUCGGUAAAAAGAAGAACAUAUACCUCGUGUCACCGAUUGUGAAGGACGUAGUGUCGCUGAACGAGGGCAAAAUCAAGAUAAUAAACACCGGAGUCAAGACUUUUGUACGCUGUGAUAAUAAGAAUAUGGUUUGUCCUUUUAGGUUAUCACAAGAAGGUCUCCAAAGUAUAACACAGUUUAUAGGGCCGAAGCGUCGCCUGCGCAUUCUCAAAGAAGAUCUGAUUCUCGUACUACAGAACGACAAUCCUAGCAAGCCGCCUGAUGUUAAACUCUUUACUCCACAGACUCAGGAGUUGGUUAAAGAUUUCGCUACAGGCAGCUGUGUGCUAGAGUACAAGGAGGAGGGAGAGGGCACGAACCUGGAGCUGACGCUGGUCGGGUGGCGCGGGGUGCACUCCCUGCGCGCGUACACUGCGACCCCCGACACUGUACACUAUCUGCGACUACUGGGCGCUGACUACAGUAAAUACGAUGUAAAUAAAUUCAAGAAAGCCUCCGAUGUUCCGGACGCUGAUGCCGAAGCUAAUGACGUCACAGAAGCAACUGAGGCCACAGAGUCCACUAGCGCUGCAGCGGACAGCAGUGAAACUAACGGCGCAGGCGCAGACGUUGAAAUGGUUGAGCAAAGUGCUUCAUAGUAAACGAUGAAGUUGUAUACUUAAGUAUAAGUUACAUGUUAAUAUUAUAAUGAUAAUAUUUUAUUUUGUAUAACA